AUGGAUUGCAAUCUCUUGGAUAGUCUUCUGGGUCUGGAGGAGGAGUUCUACAACGAAGGCUAUGAGCUGGGCACCGCGGACGGAGCGGAAUCGGGGUAUACCGAAGGCAGUGUUUUCGCCGUGGAGAAAGGAUUCGAGAAGUUCGUUGAGGUGGGACGUCUGUAUGGCAAAGCUCUGGUCUGGGCGCAACGACUUGAUUUGAAACAAUCCGGCGCAAAGCCUUCAUCUCAAACAGCCAAUGCGGACAGUCUUUCUCUUGAUCCGUCAAUCUGCAAAGACAUGCCCAGUCUUCCACCACACAGUACUCGGCUGGCCAGGAAUCUUCAAACACUCCUUGAGCUCGUCGACCCGGCUACGUUGGAUAUGAGCAACACCGAAGAAGCUGUCAACGAUGUGGAUGAACGCCUGAAGGGCGCCGCUACCAAGGCGAAACUCAUUCAGCGCGCCAUGGGUGAACGCGAGGACUCAGGCGCACAGGCUGAGCCUAAGGAUAUGCAAGCUUCCGGAGAUGGUUCCGGCAGCAUUGAAGAUAUCAGCGCAUUGAACAUCCGUCAUUGA